GGGGAUUCCCACUCUGAGGCAAGGCUGUCCUGCAGCUCUGCCCUCUGACAGACACUGCCUCAGAGCCCAGUGGCUGCUCUGAACUCAGAACCACGAUUCCUGGGAGCAACAGGUUGUCAGCAAACUCAGAAGCUUUGAGAGGUGCAGGGUCACAGACAUGGCUGAGGAGCUGUCUCAAGAGCAGGUGGCAGAGUACAAGGAGGCCUUCACCAGGUUCGACAAGGAUGGGGAUGGUAACAUCAAUGUCCAGGAGCUGGGUGAAGUGAUGCAGAUGCUGGGCAAGAAAUUAUCGGAGGCCGAGCUGAAGGCGCUCAUCGCCAUGGUAGACACAGAUAAAGAUGGUGUUAUCAGCUUCCAAGAGUUCCUGGCAGUGGUGGCCAAAAAGAUGAAGGCCUGGGGCAGUGAGGAAGACCUGAGGGCCGCCUUCCGUGCCUUUGACAUCAACGGUGACGGCCACAUCAGUGUGGAGGAGCUCAAGCAGGCCAUGGCCCAGAUGGGGGAGCAGCUUUCGCAGGAGGAGCUGGAUGCCAUGAUCCGCGAGGCUGAUGUGGACAAGGAUGGGCAGGUGAACUAUGAGGAGUUUGUGCAGAUCCUCACCCAGAAGUAAGGCUCCCAGGGUGCGGGCCUCACCCUGUCGGACUGAUUCUGGCCCACCGGCUUCUCUGCCUUCUCUGGGCCUCUGCUUUUUGUGGUGCAAUAAAGGGAAAAUCUGGGUUGGUAGAUGGGAAAUUCCUCAUCCAUGAGGAAGACUGUGCUGUCCUUGGUCUGGAUGCUGUGCUCUCUCCGGGACUGCUCACGAGCUCCUCUCUGCCGCUGAGACCCUGGGCAGAAGGUACCUCUUUGGACUGGUCCCUCCCCCUCUCCCUGCUGUGGAAUGGGUGUUCCCUACCUCACAGGGCUGUCACAAUGGUUUAAAUAAAAGAAAUGACAAGUCCA